AACAAAAGUGCCGCCGAAUUCUCUAGGCGUAUGACACAUAGCGCGACCCCGCGCGGCGGAGGGUUGCAUCCGAGUAACCAAGACAGCAACGCUGCAUAUGAAUCCAUCGAUGUGCUAGAUGGCGAAGAGUUAAGACGGGAUGGAGCAAUCGACUCUGUGGAUGUCGUGGUAUCCGACCAACGUUCGAUUUCGUCCAGGCCCGGCGCGAUGCGGUUGAUUCCCGUGGCAGUCCGGCGUCUCUUGGCAUCCAACUCAGGCACGUCCAACGACAAUAGGUCCGACACUACCACCGCCACAACAGAAACCUACGAGUCCCAUGCGACUCCAACGAACGUCGUGACCGACGUCGACGGACUGCUUCCGUUGGAUCUGGACAAGGAGUCGUCGGUGCACCGGAAGUCCGUCGCGACGACUGUGGGUGGCCCCCACGGUAGCAUACACACCGCGAAACCUCGUCGUCCAGACAUGACACCGUUCUCUAUCCCCCGCGUCACCCUCCAGGAAACACAGCGAUACACGUUUGCCAUCAUCCUGCGCAACAAUCAACAAGUGGAGCGGCUAUACAAGGACCGGCUCAAGGACGCGACCAACGUCAUCCAGCGGACCAACCUCACGCCCGCCGACAUGUCCGCGCAUGUCGCCGCUCUCCAGCAGAAAGCGCUCCGGCGACUCGUCCAAGCGGGCCUUGGCGUGAUUCUACUUGACAACGACACGUACAUCAGCGACAAGGACGCCAAGCACGGGCAAACCGACAACAUUUGCAUCCUCGUGGACCCGUACAAGAACAAAGGAUUGCUGAACCUCGAAUUUAUGCGCGAAAAGGACGAGCUUGCGAUCAACCAAGGCAACGCCACGGGCCGUUUGGGCGAGGCUCGUCUUCCCAUCUCUGGGUCCAAGGACAUUUGCUUUUCUCCAGCGUUGGAACUCCAGCUGACACACAAUAUCAUCCGCAAUGCAUUUCGAGAUUACGACCAGGACGUGUGCGAUUUAGAUCGGAAUUGCGUGCCCGAUGUGCUGGACGUCGUGCAUGCGAUGCUCCCGUUGCAUGACAAAAAGUUUAACAACGAGUUUUUCAAAGAAUACCGCCGACACACGUUCAAGUUAAGGUGGGGCAAAACGGUCACGGGGAAUUCCGAGCGGUGGGCCAUCGAAGAAUUGCGGCUGCAUUUUGGCGAACGGGUGGCUUUCCUAUUUGCGUUUAUGCACAUUUACACCAAGGCGUUGCUGCCGUUGCUGCUGAUGUUGCUCACGUACUACUUGGCGUUGCGAUUUGGGCCCAAGACAUGGGACACGUACCUGAUUGGGCUGGCGAUCCUGGGCUUUUUGAUCACAAGUGUAUGGGCGCCAAUGUUGUUGCACGUGUGGAAUCGAGAAACGCUGCUAUUGGUGGAAAAGUGGAACCUGAACGGGUACAAGCAAACAGCAUUUGAAGCGAACGACGAAAACCCGCACUUUGAGUACACGUGGGAGCAGAAUGUGCUGACCCAUCAGUACGAAAAGGUGCCCAAGACAAGAAAACUCGGCGCCAUGCGCGCCACCAUGGGCUUCUUCGUGCUGCUCAGCUGCGUCCUCCAGUGCAUUUGCAUCUUGCCCUUUAUUCAAUGGUAUGUCUACGCCAAGACAGUGCAAACGUGCGACGCGUGCAAAGCUGCGUUGAAGUUGGUGCCUGUGGGCGAUCAGACAAUUUUCGACUGUCGGCAGUUCUUGACUUGCUUUAAUUCCGAGAGUUCGCUCGUGGGCACGGAUCGAUGGGUGUACAUCCUUGUUCAAGGGAUUGUGCUGGGGUUGAUGAUCGACGUGGUAUUUUUCGAGUUUUUCCGGUGGCUGUCGAUCAAGUUUGUGCACUGGGAAAAUUGUGCGAAAAAGACCCAAUUCGAAGCCAAAUUGAUCCAUCGGUCGUUUGUGUUUGUGUGGGCCAACUGGUUCUUUUGGUUUUUGUUCCUCGCGUUCAUUUACCUCCCGUACGGCGAAACCAUCAACGGGUACUUUAAGCAGUUUUGCGACUGGCUCGAUAUCAAACUCAAGUGGGUAUGGGACCCAACGUUGCUGUCACUGGACCAGUUAUUUGUGACGCCACUAGUCGCGACCCAGUUCCUCAAUAUGAUUCUUGAGACUUGGGUCCCGUACCUGAUGAAAAAGUACCGCGGCAAACCAUUUAGCAUCCGAUACUGGUUCAAUACAUGGACGUGUACGCUGAGACGGGAGAUUACAACCCACGCCAAACGCGCAGCGACCAACAAAUCGGCGCGCAAACUGUCCAAGGAUGUGUCGUCCUCCACGCGGUUCUUUGUACCCGUGCUCGAACGCUCGGAUGACGACAACCAGCACACGGCGUACGAGAUUGUGGCCGAGUCGACACUCCCAGAGUUCGACACCCAACUCGACUAUUUAGACGCAGCCAUUCAGUUUUCGUAUGUCGUCAUGUUCUCCGUCGUGUGGCCGCUGCUGCCAGUUCCGGCGUUCUUGAACAACAUCCUCGAAGUCCGCGGCGAUGCUUUUCGAUUGCUCUUUUGCCACCGCCGCCCCAUGCCCCGGCGAGAUGUAACUUCAAUCCCGUUCAAUCAAAUUGUAUCUAUAUGUUUUGAGUAGGUAUCGAUUGGGGAAUGGGCUACGGUGCUCCAGUACGCCAACAUCAUUGGCAUCACAGUCGUAUCAGCAUUUAUCGUCAUGUACCACGGCAUUGCGUACUACAUCAACGAGUGCAAUUUCUACUUCUCCAACGCGGAUAUGGUGCCGCUGUUCACGGUCAAGACAUCCGCGGCCGUGAAUCCGGCGCUGUGUGCCGCGCAGCUGAACGGCGACCGCGGACAGAUCAUGAUGAACCAGGUGGUAGCGUUCAUCGUGUUGGAGCACUUGGGGUUUGUGAUUCGGUAUCUCGUCACCCAGGGCAACAAGGUGCCUUCUUCGAUCGGGAACCCGAGCUACUUGCGGUUGAAACAGCUGCGCGAACUCACGGCCAAGCGGGCGGCGCUCGUCGAGCAGUUUGAGUACAUGAAGCAGCUGCGUCUGAUAUUUGACAAGUUUGAUCGCGCUGGCAUCGACCACUUGUACGAAGACGAGCUCGCGGGCUUUUUAGCUGAAUGGGUCGGCACGGACAGAUCCAAGCUCAACGCGUCUAUCUUGUUUCGAUAUAUGGACAAGACUCGCCUGGGCAAAGUGCCGUUCUCGACCUGCUGCCUCAUGCUCCGCCACGCAGAGUACGAUCGGUUCUUCUCGGUACUCCUCGGCACUUGUGACUCGCUCGACAACUUUCGAAACGACGGCAUGCGCCUCUCCGUCACGGACGACGGACUCGGCGCCCAUGCCCGGCACUUGUCGCGGUACCAAUCGCUGUCGGAUGCGACUCCUCGGGCAAGAGGGACCUCGGGUGACUUUGAAGAUUCCGACAACGACAGUCUCUUGCAGACGCCGCCCCAGUCGUCGGUACGGCAGCGUAUGUCAUCCUCGUCGUCGUCCAUGUCAAUGUAUGUCGAUCCAACACGCACGGCGGUGUAUUCGAAUGAAUAAACAAAAAAAUGCAAUGAGAUGGGUGUAUAUUGUACAUAGUUGUUGAUUUAGGGAUUUUACAAAUGUAUAAUACAUGCA